GGAGCAAAGAAGUCCCAAUGGUUAAAGUACUUUGGAAGAGCGAUCGGGUCGAAGAAGAGACAUGGGAAACAGAGGCUUUGAUGAGGAAGCAAUAUGCCUUCCUAUUCAAGUAGAGUUGCGAAUUUUGGGGACGAAAUUCCUGUUAAGGGGGGGUGAACUUGUGACACCGCACCCGAGCGUCCUUGAAAAUUCAAUUCAAGAUUCAAAGUUAUGUAUUGAAUUUCCGGGUUACCAAACAAUUGUAGAACAAGUUAUGUUUUACGUAGUGCAUGAUUGAAUGUUGUACUGUUCAAACUCGUAUAUUAGUGCCGGGUUCCGCAAAUACUUAUUUGGGCCUUAUUAAUGAACAUAAGAGCCCAAUAUUACUUAAAUAUUGUUACUUAACCUUUCAAGACAAUUUGAGGAAGGUCGGGCGGCCCAAAUAUUAUUUUGGGCCCAACCUGUUAAAAAUAGCAAAUAUUCGAGAAUGGCGUCCUAGACCCACUCGGGAGUGACCCACACGGCUAGUAGCCCAAUAAUAUGUAUGACAAAUGUCAAAAUAAGUGAUAGAAUAAUUGGAGAAGAAUACAAAUACCUAUAGCCCCAUCUUUGACAUUAUUGAACUAAAUAAUGGGAGGGGGAUUUUCCUUCUAUAAUAUCCAUCAAGUAAAUUAUUGAGAUGAGCCUACACAUAUUGAAGAUCAAUAAUGUGAUGUAGGAAGUUGACUUGUUCUAAAUAAAUUAGGAUGAGUACAAAAAGACAUCUUUUAACAAAAGAUAAAACAAUAGGACCCAUUUUCCCAUUUUUGGAAGUAUUGGUAGAUAUUUUGGACCCCAAGUUGAAUGGGAUCAAUUGGGAACCAUUACAAAUGGAAUUGGUACCUGCAAAACAAAGGAAAAGAGGUGAGAUGACUAUAUGGGGCGGACUCUUGGCUCACAUGCACAAAAAAACUCCAAGAAAAACAAAAGGGGGAGGUCCACCCCAUAUUUGAUUGCAAACCAAAUAUCUCCCAUGCUCUUUUGUAAGCCACAUGCUCUCUUAGCAUGUUUAAGGUCUCCUAUACACUACCCCAUACACCCCAUUCGAACCCCAAAGAGAUAAGAGAGCAAAAGCAUCCACACAACCCAAGAGAGAAGGAAGGAAGAGAGCAGUCCGCUGGUUCGUUCUUUAGUGCGUAGUGCUGAUUGUUUGAGUCAUAACUUGAGAUUGACUCGUCCAAUCAAGACGUAUAAGGUACCAAAAGAAAGCUCUCAAGACGAGUAAUCCGUGAAGGUCUGUUUUGCAUCAAUCGGAGUAGUGGAAGACUUCCAAAUCGUCCGAGCAAAACACAAUCUUGCAGGAACGGAUUUACUCUCCUAAAGAGACGAGUUAACCGGAGAACACCCAUUCUAGGGGCUGUUUUCGUAUCAACGUUUGAGGGUUGAGCUAGCACUUUGAGGAGGCUGGUUAACACUCAUAUUUAAGCAAGGAAUCAGUUCCUAAUCCACCUUGGCCAAAUCUUUGACCAUUGGAUCAAGAAGGAAAAGUUUAAAGCUCAAAUAAGGUUGUGUGUGUGGGUUGUCAUGCGCAGAGUCAAGGAGGCACUGAAAAAAACAUCAACUCUGGUAAGGGAUCGUCACCAACAGCUCAUGGCAGACUAGACAAGAGGCCGACCGAUUUCAGAUCGGAGAUUGCAUCUCCAUCAACGCAGGGACCCGCACCAAUUAAUUACGUUGGAAGACUGAUUGGCGUGGAAUCUCAUCUGCUUGGCAAUGCUCGUACCAUCACAUGGGCGGAAAUUGUUAGUAGUGAACCGAAAGGAGACAAAGGCAGCACCUCGAUUGGACGCUUUCAACCAUCCGCACAACUUGAUGAAAACCAUUCUACCAACCAGGUCACUAAUUUACAGAGCCGAUUGGGCGCUUUCAACCAUCCGCACAACAAUUUUACAGAGCCGACCAUUCCAUGUCAAGCCACACCAGAUUUGGAUUCGGAAAAAUUCAAUUUUUUUGGCGAAGAUGGUUUUGACUCCAUCAAAAUUGAAUCUAAGCUUUUUAGAUUUGCUGUCAGAAAUAAUGAAGUAGUGAUUUUUGAAAUUCAAAAAUCUAUGCUCAAAAGGAUCAAUUUUAAAACUGUGAUCGCACCAAAGAUCUACAGUUUUAUUCAGCAACUCUCAUGCUCAGAUAAAUUUGCUAUAGGACAGAGCAGAAAAUUCGGGCCUAUCACUGUUUCUUCGGUACUGAAGAGUUCAGAUUGUUAUGUGAAGAUUGCUAAAGAUAAGGGGAGUGCGAUUCUAAUCCCUAAAGGCCCACACAAUUCAAAGUUAAAUGUUUUUUUGACAUUCUUUUCUAAUUUUGUAUCUGAAUUAGAGCAGCAGGAAUUCAGGCAUUGGGAGCAUGAGACAUCGGCUGAUACUGAGGUUAUAACAAUUUCCAAACUCAUAUUUAACUAUGAAGUGCAGAGAGCUUACAGCGGGAAGCAACAACCCCCUUCCCUUGAGAAACAACCACAAAUUCCUCUUAUCCAGGCCUACUCUGACGCCUCGGACAGCUUUGACCAUUCUGAUGAAUCUUUUUUCUCAGACGAUUUUCUAGGGCAUGCCACCGAAAGCGAUCGACGCCCUCCGUUAUCCAACCAGGAAGAAAUUGGGAACUCCAAAUUCAACAGGACGAUUUGCCGCAAAGCAAAGCUAGUCACAUCCGAAAAUUGUCUGCCGACAGAGAACCUGAACACGCAACUAAAACUUUACAGGAAAUCUCAGCAAAAUAAAAGGCGACACAGUAUGAGGACCAGAUCGCAGUCUAGAGAUUUCCCUUGGGUUUAGUAUUGUCUUUUAAUUUAUUUAUUUUGUUUCCUUCUUUUCCGUGUUUUUCUCCUUUUAUUUGACUUCUUUUCAUGUAAAAAAAAAAAAAAAAAAAAUGGAAUAAUUUAUAGGAUAGAUUAAAUUGAAAUAGAAGAGACAAAAAGAUUAAAGAUUACUGGACUAUUUGAUUAAACCGAGUAAUGAGAAUUAUGAGAUAAAAAAAAAAAAAAAAAAAAAAAUAAAAAAAAAAAAAAAAAAAAAAAAAAAAAAAAUAAAAAAAAAAUACUAGUUAAUGAUUGUUGUAAUUGUUAAGGAAUUGAAUCUAUGGAUUUGAUUGUAAUUGAUGAACUUGAUUGUGAUGCAAGUGACUAAAUUGAUGUAAUGUGAUGCUAAGACCAUGGUUGGGCAGUCUGUAAAGAUGUCCCAAAAUAGAUUAUUGAUAUUACAAUUCUAGGCAUAGCGAGUGCUUAGGAAUUGGGGUCUAUGCCAAUGUAAGAAGAUGUACUUGAGCCGUGCUCAUAGAAUUGCAUUGGGUAGACAUGAUGGGGUGAUUGUUGUGCAUGGUGAUGUAGUUGAGUUGGACUCAAGAAAUGCACGGUGGAGUAGUUAGCUUAUGUUAAUUAAGGUGCAUGGUGAUGUAGUCGAGUUGGACUCGAGAAUGCAAACAUAUGUGUUAGGGUUGAACCCUAUGAAUUAUUGUGACUAGGGGUCACGGGGUUUUGGGCUAUGUUUGAUAAACAAACCUUGGGCCUACGGGCCGACUACUUGACUUUAUAUAUAAAGUAAGUAUAUUUUAAAAAGGGGUAACUUGGGGUUACGGCCUGGAUUAUAUUAUCACCCUAUUUGAGGGUCUUGUGUUUGAAAUACUUGUUGUAUAUCUAUUAGAUGUCAUCCACACUAGCACUUUAUAGCCCUAUAGAGUGCUGACCCCUUCGGGGGCGUCCCACCACCAUUUUUCAGGUUGAGGCUAGAGCUUGCUUCCUGUGCUCGUUGCUCGAGAGAUCAUCUAGGAGCGAAGACUUGGUUCGUGCUUCCUCCAUUCGGCUUUUAAACAUUAAUAAACAUGCUCAUGGAUAUUUUACUAUAGAGCCUGCGUGCUCAUGAAUAGCCCGGUGUGGCCUUUUUGUUUUAAACAAUGUUUUCCGCUGCAUUAUGAAUUACUUAUUAUGUUUGUUUAUGGAUGUUAUAUGUGUGAAUGAUAUUCAAGACGCUUUGUAUAAUAUGGAUGUGUUAAACUGCGGUUGACUAUUCGUAUUGUACGGC